GUCGUUGGACUAUUUAAAAAAAAUCAAAAAAACAUUAAUUCCCGGAGAUGACUCAAGUAGUACAUCAGACCAAGAUGAUAGCGAAGAUGAAGAAAAUGAAGAAGAUGAACCAGAUGGAGCAUCACAAUCAAAAAAAUCAUUACAAUUUAAAAAGCAAUCAAACCCAAUGCAAAACUAUAAUAAAAAAUUAACGGCAGAAUUACAAGAAGAAGCACAAAAACAAAUCUUGGAUUUCAAAUUACUCCAACAUUACCAAACAGAAUGUUCUCAACAAAUAUUUUCACUUCAAAACGAACUAUCACUUUUAGAUUUUGAAUAUAAAAAUAAGCGUCAAUCAAUUCAAAAUCAGAUAAUACAAAGUUACAAUACCCUACAAAUGGUCAAUACAAACCUAAAUAACUAUUUAAAUCCAAUUUUACCACCCAAUAAUAAAUAG